AUGCUGUAUAGCGUAUGCUGUCAAUGUCAAAAAGAUAACCUCAAAAAACAUUCAAAAUCAAAACAAUUUUCAAACACCUUUUUGUAUGUGAGUGAUAAAAUGUUUGCUGCAAGCACUCAAUGCAAACAUUGGAUGUUCAGUAGUGAAGAAGAACUAAAUAAAUUGCGGGAUUUAGCCAAUGCAAAACAUAUUCAAGUCUACGGAAAGAAUAUCGAUCCAGCUACAAAAUAUGAUUUUUUCUUGACACCCGAAGAAGAAAAAAUUAUGGUAAAAAGGUAUGAAUUACACCUGAGGGACUUCUGCAAAAGAUUUCAACCUGCUAUGCCUAGAUGUGUUGUUGGAACUGCUUUCCACUACUUCAAGAGAUUCUACAUAAAUAAUUCUGUUAUGAACUAUCACCCUAAAGAGAUUAUGGUUACCUGUAUAUAUCUAGCAUGUAAAGUAGAAGAAUUCAAUGUUUCAAUCCAACAAUUUGUUGCGAAUAUCAAAGGUGAUAGAGAGAAGGCUACAGACAUUAUAUUAAACAAUGAACUAUUACUGAUGGAGCAGUUAAAUUUUCAUCUUUCCAUUCACAAUCCAUUCAGACCUGUGGAGGGAUUACUGAUUGAUAUAAAGACUCGCUGUUCCUUACAUGAUCCUGAAAGACUUAGACCAGGAACGGAGCAUUUCUUAGAAAGAGCGCUACUGACAGAUGCUGUUCUACUUUAUUCUCCAAGCCAAGUAGCAUUGGCAGCAAUUUUACAUGCUGCCUCAAAAUUACAAGAAAAUUUAGACUCAUAUGUGACUGAUACAUUGUUUGGGGAAGACGGUAGGGGGAAAUUGGAGGACCUCAUAGAUGCUGUUAGAGGAAUUAGAUCUAUGGUAAAACUUGCUGAUGCAGUACCAGACAGGAAUCAACAGAAAAUUUUAGACAAAAAACUAGAUAAAUGUAGGAAUCCUGAAAAUAAUCCAGAUAGUGAAAUAUAUAAAAAGAAAAUGCUGGCUAUGUUGAAUGAAGAUGAUGACUUGUAUGGUGUCAUAUCAGAACAGAACUACUCAAUGGAUAAUUCUGCAUUAAAUAUGUCAAUACCAACUUCACCUCAAGUAGCUUGAAAUAUUUUUUGAUAUUUGUUUUAUAAUCUUCAUUAAUGAUUUCAACAAAGUAAUAUAUGAUUUAUAAUUAGG